CCUCAUUACUCCAAGCUCCCCUAGCUGUCUUGCCUGUAUUUCGAUCUCUUUCAGGCUGUCGCCGGCGAGCAGUCACCGUUUUCGGUGGCUGGGUUCCGAAAAGUCUGGUAAGACCUUACCGAAAUGCUAGGUGUCUACCUUUUGAAGCUGUAAGCUUUGGAUCAGAAUUAUCUAGGGCAAAAUGGUGACUGGGAUGAUUCGCUGGCCAUGGCCGACGGUUAUGUUGAGGAAGUUUGAGGUGAGGCUGUUGGUGAGGGGGAUCAAGGGUCUAGCGCUGGCUUUACCGGCGGAGGAGUCACCGGAGGGUGCGGGCAUGAUGAUUGCGGAGGUGAGGUGGAAGGGGCCGAAGACGACGGCGCUGAGAUCACUGAGGAGGAACGCGAAGAGAAACUGUACCAAGGUGGAGGCGGUGAAGGGGGAUCAAGGUGAGGUGGAGUGGAACGAGGAGUUUGGGAGCGUGGUUGGGAUGACGGCUCAUAAGGAGAACGUUUUUAACCCCUGGGAGAUUGAGAUUCUCGUCUUCUAUGGUUUAAAGCAUGUGUCCAAGAACAAGGCAUCUAUGAUUGGAACGGCUUCUUUGAAUCUUGCUGAAUAUGCAACUACCUCUGGAGAAGAGCUUGAGCUCAAUCUUCCCUUAUUGAGUACAAGUUUUGAUGCUGAUUCUCGACCGGCGCUUCAUUUGACUCUCAAUUUGCUGUUGAGAGCCUGCCCAGAAUCACCAGAGACUGCCCAGAGGUCGGUGAUACCGGCUUCCUCUUCUCCUCCCUCUGGAGGUACUCCUUCCGAAAAAGAUGAGCUUUCUGCACUGAAAGCUGGAUUGAGAAAAGUAAAGAUACUUACAGAAUUUGUCUCAGCUAGGAAAUCAAAAAAGACUUACCGCGAGGAUGAAGGUAGUGAUGACAGGUGCUCUGCUGGGACUGAAGAUGUUGAUUGCAUCUAUCCGUUGGAUACGGAUUCCUUGGAUGACAAUCCUGAUGAAGAACUUGAAGAUGGAAAAGAGGACACUAGCAUUCGGAAGUCUUUCAGUUACGGGACAUUGGCAAAUGCAAACUCUGUUGAAGGUGUGUUUUUCUCUGACAUUGGAAAGCAUGAAGAUUUGGUUUACUACAGUCACCGGCGAUCUGAUGUUGGCUGUUCCCGUGGAGAGGAGACCACAUCCUCUGUUCAUGAGCAAUCUGUUUUGCAUAGUAGAAGAAGCAUCCUUCCCUGGAAAAAGAGGAAAUAUAAUUUUAGAUCUCCUAAGGCCAAAGGAGAGCCUUUGCUGAAGAAGGCUUAUGGAGAUGAGGGUGGAGAUGACAUCGAUUAUGACCGGCGUCAGCUGUCUUCAUCUGAUGAAUCUCUCUCUCAAUUGGGGCACAAGGCUGAUGAUGAUUUGUCAGCUCCAAAUUCAUCAGUGUCAGAUUUUGGUGAUGAUAAUUUUGCUAUAGGAACUUGGGAGUCAAAAGAGGUUAUAAGUCGAGAUGGACUUAUGAGGCUCUCUGUUGAGGUAUUCUUUGCAUCUAUUGAUCAGAGGAGUGAGCGAGCAGCUGGUCAGAGUGCCUGUACAGCUCUUGUUGCUGUCAUUGCUGAGUGGUUCAAAUUAAACCAGGAUAUGAUGCCCAUCAAAUCCCAGUUCGAUUGCUUAAUCCGAGAUGGCUCGUUGGAGUGGAGGAACUUAUGCGGGAACCAGACCUACAUUGACCAGUUCCCUGACAAGCAUUUUGACCUUGAGACAGUUCUGGAAGCAAAGAUCAGGCGUCUCUCUGUUGUUCCUGGAAAAUCCUACAUUGGAUUCUUCCAUCCGGAAGGAUUUCAAGAUAUCAGUGGCUUUGACUUUCUGCAAGGAGCUAUGUCCUUUGAUAGCAUAUGGGAGGAGAUAGCUAGUUCUGAGUCAGAUUGCCUGUAUAUUGUGAGCUGGAAUGAUCACUUCUUUGUUCUUAAGGUCGAGCGAGAUGCUUAUUACAUCAUAGACACACUUGGUGAGAGACUCUACGAGGGCUGCGACCAGGCUUACAUACUGAAGUUUGAUCGAAGCACAACAAUUCAUAGGGCUCUGAAUCAAAAGGAGAAUAAAACCAAUUCCAAGGAUGGUCUCAGUGGAGAAGAAGAAAACAAGUUUACCAUUGCUGCCAAAGAAGAAUUAGUUUGCAGGGGUAAGGAAUCCUGCAAGGAAUACAUAAAGAGUUUCCUUGCUGCAAUUCCUAUCAGGGAGCUCCAGGCUGAUAUGAAGAAGGGACUUGUAUCCUCUACUCCUCUUCACCAUCGCCUCCAGAUAGAGUUCCACUACACUGAGGUGGCGAAUGAUACAGAAAACUUCGCGGCGUUCCCGACCCUACCGUUUUGGGAGUCAAAGAGUCAGAUUUCUUGGCCUCAAGGGCCAUUAUUAGUGACUGGACCAACUCUAACAUCAGCAGCUUUGGUAGUUGUAUAGAGCCUUAUUGGAACUAUUAAUAGGCUAAAAACUCUUAGCUUGGCGUUACAGAUUUUGUUUGAUAAGGUCUUUACGUGAGACUGGAUGUGCAAAAGCUACAGAGCAGAGUUCAUCCACUGUGUUUCGGCUAGCUGACGCAAACUGAGCCACUUUGUUUUAUGGUGUUCGUCUCUCUUGCAGAUCUGCUAUUGUAAAGAAAGGUACUUUAAUCUUUAGUUGUCCUGUUGUGUGUUGUGUGUUGUACUAAUUGAUGCUAUGUUAACAUCCUUAGGAGUAAGAAAGCGGAACCUUUGGGUUUGAGCAAUAAAUUUAAAUUAAUUUGUUAGAAUUCCUUUUAUCUUAUAAACUUUGUGUGUGAGGAGUUCAAAUUCCUUUUAAAAAAUGUAUGGCUGACCUGUAGGUGGGGCUAAGUAUUAUUUGAGAAUCUCUAUUAUGCUGAA